AUGUCAACAUCCAUCGACUUUGAUACCGAGGAACCUUUGAUAAAUACUGUCAAACCUUUGACACUUUCCACUAUUACAAUUAGAGUCAUCAAGUCAUUUCCUUAUAGGAAUGUGAAGAACAUUGUGCUGACUAACUAUGAUCUAAAGACCAAGACAGCUAAGGACCUCUUUAACGACAGUAUAGAACACAUCAAAAACACAAGCGCCUUCAGACCAUUUCGCAAUGUCGACUAUGAUACGCUUAAGAUCUACACACAUGCCCACGGCUCAAAAACGGUCAACCUGGUAAUAAAUUUCGAUCACGAUGAAGAUUGGAUCUUAAAUCUUGGCGAUGAGUCUAAAAAAUUGGUGGAUUAUGGUGUUGGUAAUGAAACAGAAAUAUCUCUAUUUAAGAUGCAAGACUACUUGGAUUUCAAAGCCGACCCGGAAGAAAAAUGGUAG